AAGUGCUGAAAGCUGCAGAUAUUCAUGAAAAAGACAAAAGACAUACAACUGUGAAAUCAACUGUCCUGAGGCACACGUAGUGUGUGCAGUCCAGCAGUGCCCGGCCAAACUCUUCGCCCCGUGCUGCAGCGCUCGGAGCUCCCCGCCCACUUGCCGGCUGAUGGGUGGGGAGCUCCGGGCGCUGCGGUACGGAGCGAACGUCUGCACACACUGUGAUGACGCAGAGCUGGUUGGAUAUCGGCAAAGAUUAAUUUAAGUGAGUUAGAUCUCUUAAAAUAGUUUGCCAACUGUCUAACAUUAGCGGACCCAAAAUAAUGAAAAGUCGCGUAGUGACUCUGACAAAGGACCACGACGAAGCUCUCAAAUCAUUGGCGCAUCGUCAAAGUGUGCUGAUGAGUCAGAAAUCUAUGAAGGUACGAGACGUUACAGACUCACCACAGAAAGAAAACGGAACAGAUGAGCAGAAACACAGAGGACGAACAGAUUGAAAUAAAACAAAUGAAAACUUACAGGAAGUUUUUCAACAGGACCUAAAUGUGACAUGGUUGAUGUAGUUUCACUUCAUUUAGAGGCAACAGUGUUUGUACUCUAGAUGGCUUACAGACAAUGUUAAAUGUUCACAGAAGACACAUUUUCAAAACUACAUAUAGAUAAUAAAAUGAACAAAUGUGAUUCAUAUCUUUUAUAUAUAUGUGUGUAUAUAUAUAUAUAUAUAUUUCAAAUAACUUUUUCACAUUUUUUGGCCUUACAGUGAAGGUUUCCUGAGCUAAAAAAAAUUCAAAUUCACUGAUAUAAUUAUUUCGUAUUGUUUCAUGAAGAUGUUUUAGCAUCAUCCAGACUAAAUUAAAUUAUUUUUGUUUACUUGAUAAUUCAUGAGACAUUUUCUGAGAGAUAGGUGAGGUUAUGUUACAAAAACAUAUUUUUUACCAGCCAAUCAGGGCUUUAAGACAUACAUUUUUCUCCACCGUCAACAAUCACAGUUAAUAAAUAGUUAUUAUGCCCUCAAAGAAAAAUUCCCUGGCUCUACAAUCAAAUUCACAAAUAUUCUUUAUUUUAUUUGGUUGGUAUUUUUGUGUCACUUGAAAAAAUCAAAUCGAAUUUGAUCGCAUUUAUUUAAGAUUUUUUUAGUUGUACUAAUCGAGACUCAUAAACUACUUCUACAUGUAGUGAAGAUACUUGAGUACAGCACAGCUCUCUUCAGGUGACUCUUGUGUUAUGUGCCUCGUUUGUUGCUUGGUAGGGUGAACAUGCAGAGGCGAAGAAGCAGGAGGCUUCUUCACCUCUUCUGGACAGAAAUAUUUCAGCAGCUCAGCAGGAGAACAAACGUCUGAGAGAGUCUCUGCAGGAAGCCCAAGAGAAGCAUCUGGAGUUACAAAAACAGCGGCAAGACAUGUCGCAGGCCAAGGUCAAGCAUAGGUUGGCGACUGAAGCUCGAGUGAAGCUCCGUGCUAAGGAGGCGAGGGACAUGUCGAUGGGCUGUUUGCUGCAGGAGCAGGCCAUUGAGAAGGUUCAGCAGGAGCGCAAUGAGAUGUCGAAGAAACAGACGGAGGCCAUCUGUGACAUGCAGCAGAAGAGCGGAAUGAAGCACUUGUUGCUGGGCAGGAAAGUGUCAGCGCUGACCGACACUUUGGAGAAGAAGGAGGCCCAGCUCUACGCCGUACUCUCGGCCUCUAACAUCGACCAAACUGCAGGCAGCAAACUCCAGGAAAUACUGGAGUCCAAACAAGCCACCAUCGAUGCCUUGGAGUGCGACUUGGCUCAGGAUUGUACGGUCAGUUAACUUGAAAGGGUUUUCACGCAUUUAUGAAAUCAUUGUGAGAGUGAUCACAGUCAGCUGAAUGAA